AGAAAUGUAGCGCGUGACCGUUGGGCGGGGCCUGAGUGACGCUCACACCUGCGCGCUGUGAGAGAGAUGCGCAUGCGCAGGGUCUAGUUUGCGGCGUCUCGCGCUGUCCGCAGUGCGAUGAUGAUGAUGAUGAUGAUGAUGGUCAGCACCGGUACCGAUUCCUCACCUGUCGGCGUGAAAUAAAGGAUAAUAACGCGGGUGACGUCAUCACUCGGAUUCGACCAUACAUGGAUCUCUGUGUGCUGAUUGGCCAGUGCCUUGUCUCCUUGACAACCCCGUGUUGUAAACAGAGGCCUGUGUGACGUGGCUUAUUUGCAUAUUCAAAUGAGGACUGUGGACAUAGACGCCUGUAUCCAAAUGACUGUAUCCAUGUGGUGGUUUCCUGCUGUAAAACAGAACAAUCUGCUUUAGACCCACAUGCAGCACAACAAUGCUGACCUUUGACCUCUUCAGUGCCGAAUCCGAAGCCCUGCAGCAGCACAUUAUGGAUGGCAGCCACAGUGAGGACAGAUGGACACGUGGAACACCUGAUUGUUGAGGAGAUGAGCAGGACCGUGAAUCUUGGAUGAAUCGUUUUAGAUCAGACGUAAUAUUUAUAUUGUGAACAGAAGAAUAAUUCUAAUUUUAGAUUUGUUUUUAUUUAAUCUUGUUAAUGGAAGCUCAUGUUGCAUUUAAUCAGUUAGCUCCCAAAACCCAAUCAGCCGGGCUUUAUUAAAGCCCACUUACACACUGACCAGUCAGGACUGGCUUGGGGUCUUCUGUGACCACCACCAUGGCCAGUGGGAAAGCAUCGCUUGGCCCAACAAAUGAGAGCCUCACACCAGAUCAUCCUUCUUCUCCAGAACCUUCUGCAUCGUGUAAACCAGACGCGACACAGGAACAAAGAUGUCACUUUUUGAUUAAAGCUCCAGCUGUUCCUCCACCUCCACCCCUACCUCCUCCACCUCCACCCCAGUCCCUGACCACACUCGGCCUUCCAAAUGGCUCACGCAGGAAACGUAGAGUGCGCAGCUUUUACUGGAAACCCAUCCCGGAGGAGAAGGUCCGCGGUAAACCCAACAUAUGGACGCUGGCUGUAAGACAGCAGCACUACCAGAUCGAUGUGAAGAGCGUGGAAGAGUUGUUUGGCCAGCAGGAGGAGACGCACACGCAGACCUCCAGCCAUAAUCCUCGACUAGGAACAUGCAGGGGAUCUUUCAAAGACAGCAAAGAUGAGAUCAGCAUUUUAGAUUCAAAGAGAGGGAUGAAUAUGGGGAUUUUCCUCAAACAGUUCAAGAAGUCUAAUCACGCUCUAGUGGAAGACAUCCGUCAGGGGAACAGUAAGCAGUUCGGUCUGGAGCCUCUGAAAGAGCUUCUCAAACUGUUGCCUGAAGAGGAAGAGAUCAAAAAGCUGAGGGAAUUUAAAGGAGAUCCUACAAAGCUCACCAUGGUCGAUUCUUUUAUGUUUUUGCUGAUCCAGGUUCCCUGUUUUGAUGUGAGAAUCGAGGCCAUGGUCCUGCAGGAGGAGUUCUCUCCCUGUUGUUCAGCAAUGAGUCGAGAGCUUAAUGUCGUACGCUUAGCCACAGAAGAGCUCAUGACAUGUGAAGAACUUCACGCCAUCCUGCACCUAGUCCUCCAGGCUGGAAACAUCAUGAACCAGGGAGGUUACGCAGGAAAUGCUGUGGGCUUCAAACUCUCUUCACUCCUGUCACUAGCAGAUACCAAAGCCAACAAACCGGGCAUGAAUCUGCUCCAUUUCGUGGCCUUGGAAGCAAAGAAAAAAGAUGAAAAUCUUCUGAAGUUCCCAGAGAAGCUAAAGCAUGUACAAAGUGCUGCAAGGAUCUCCGUGGAGAACAUCGAUGCAGAAUUCUCCUCCCUCAGUGUCAGGAUGCAGGCUCUUGAGGAGAAGAUUAAGGAUGAUGCUGAGCUGCUUUUGCAGUUUAAUCCGUUUGUGCAGAGUUCAAUUCAAACCCUUCAUGACCUUAAACAAUGCCGGCUGGACCUGCGCAAGGAGGGAAAUGCCCUAAUCGAUUUCUUCUGUGAAGACAAAGACACGUUCAAACUCGACGAGUGCUUCAGGAUCUUUCAAGACUUUUGUCUCAAGUUGGAGAAAGCUGUGAAGGAUAAUCUAGAUAGGGAGCUGAAGGAAGCUGCUAGACAGCAGCGUCUCCGUGAGCUGGAAGAAAGGCGCAUUGCCUGGGCAGCUGCCAGCGGGGAUCAGAGCGGCGGUGGGAAUUUUGGCCGCAGCAGCAGUGAAAAUGAUGUGGAUGUUCUCACUAAAGACGGCCUUUUAGACUUCUUACUGCACCCGCGGCCACACAGCCCACACAGCCCACUCGGACGCUCCGCAAGUGCCCGUCGUUACCAUCACACAACGACUGAGCGCAACCUCUGUGGCUACCUGGAGCUAUUUUCUGGGUCUCCUACAAUUGACAUUACUAAAUUUAGCAGCCUUCCCCGUUCAGGACGUCCUCACCAAAGGAGGACCAUAGCCUGGCUGACUUCUGCAGAUGACAGAGAGCUGGGACCUCAAAACAAACUUCAGCAUGAGCAGCUGGCGACUUCCCCAAAGGCCGAGACUGAACCAAUCAGUCCUCUGGCUAGAUACUCAAUGUCAGGCUACAAUAGGGAGAUCAAUAUUUACAGUAAUAAUAAUUAUACAGCUGUUUCUGAAGGUAUAAAUUCUUCUCAGCUUGGUCACAACAGGAACUGGGUGGAGAAAUCUCACAAGGAUGGAGAUGUGAACAACUGUGUUCAAAAACACACACCGGUGUCUGAGCCUCGGCCAUUAGAAUCGUCAAAUCCUAAAAAUAAUAAUAACAGCAGUUACAAACCACUAAAUAUCCAGGGAGAUAUUGCUGUGUCAGGUCUAGAGAAUGAUCGAGACGUCCCAGAAACAACUUUUCUAGACAUUUCGGGAUCGAGAUCUGAGGAAGCACCACAAUCAGGGGCAGUGAAUGACACCAAAAUGACGUCUCCCCAGAGGGAGGAGGAAGAAGAACAAAGCACCGUCUCCUCAACAACAUGUGACACACCUUUGCCACUUGACCCAUUGUCCAAUAAGAAAGCUAUUCCUUACAUUUUGGACUGCACUGAAACUGAUUGUUCUGUCAUGUUAGACUUCUCAGAACUUGAGAGCACAUCGAUCCUAAAAGAAGGAACUCACCUUGACAUAAAACCUCAGGAUAGCAACUUUCAGAGUUUGCUUCAAGACCCUAGUUCACUUUCUUCUAACUUUGAGUCUUUGUCAACAAAUGAUCCGUCUCUCUCAGUAUCUGGUGAUGACCCACUUGAAGGAAAGCCAGCAGAAAAGCACCCAGUUACUCCAUCUGUUCCAACGGAUGAGGCAGACAGUGACAGCACUGACAUGGCAGAAGGUAAAAAGGUGGAGGAGAAAGCAGUACAGAUAUGUAGUCCAAAACCAGCCAAACUGAAAACUAAGACACCACCUAAACCUACUGCCACACAAACAAGACGUCCUGCAAGAACCCUUACACCAACUGAGACCAGACAUUUGCGUAAGGUGGUACCAAUCACCAAGGCAACUCGUUCUGGCAGCAAUCCUAAGAGAGCAGAGAAAUCACUUGGGCAUGAGAACACAGAACCAAGACGUCCAAUACGUGACCAGAGCAUUCCUGCAAGAAAGGGUGAAAGGAAGAGUAGACCAACUCGGCAGUCUAGCCUUCCGCCAGCAUCCAAGGCAGAAAGUGGAGGAACCACAAGUGUUGCAGGCCCUCAGUGGGCACCGACUACACACAGGCCUUCCAUAAAGAAACCAACUGCCAAACCUGUCCGCAAUAUCCCCAGACCUCCAGUAGAAGAGAAGAUGUGUCGCUCUACCAUGAGAGCCUUGGCACAGGCUCAAGCUGCAUCUGAUGCCAGUGCUCCUCAAACACCAAGUCAUUCUCGGAUGUCUGGUUCACAUCUACCAAGCUUUGCUCGCAACACUAUCGCUUUCUCUUCUAGAACCAAAAAUGACUUGGCUACACAACCUGCACCAGGGACUCCAUCAAAGAGUUCAAGCUUAUCAAGAACCUCCUCACUGAAGGUCCGUUCUGGAAGUAAGUCAAACUCUGUAUCUAGCGGACACUCGGUCCAGGGCGAGGAUAAACCCGCCGGAUCUGUAAGGAGUGUUCAGAGUGUCCGGGCUUCUGGUCAGAACUCUUUACAGAGUGGCACAACCCUGGCACAGACCGGGCAGGAGCAAUCUCGAAAGGGUAGCAGUUUCUCAGAGAAAUCCUUCUUGUUAAAGGACUCCACCACUGGCAGGACUCUCAAACCCACUUGGAAGUAGAAUUCAUGAAGAAAAAGAUAUUUCACAUGCCUACAUGUUCUUGUUUAUCACUAAGACCUAUCUGAAUGUAUCUAAAGCCUUUACAUGUAGCUGACGUACUACGUAUUUAGCUAGUUUCCCCAAACGUGACUAGCUGCUGUCAAUAUUUGACAACCCAUUUUAGCGGUAGCAUUUCAUCCAUAUGAGGAUGUUAUCUUUGGCCUUUUUAACAGCAGACAUUUACAUGUAUCAUCUUCACACACUUUCUAACAUGGAUCCAUGGUUGUCCCUUUUAAUGGUAUAUAAUAUCAUGCUUUCUGGGAUGUUGAACAGUUUUUAAAUAUAAAUAAAUAAAUAAAUAUAUGAGCCCUCCAUAUCAGGGCAAAGCACUCUGUUCAGGAGUUUAAUACAUCUCCUGAGCUAACGCACUAAACCUGGAUCAGUAUUUUGUAAUUCAGGUUCAGAUAUAAAGCUUUUCCACUGAACAGUGUGAUGUAAGUACAGGUACCGGAUCUGAUGACCUGAGGUGGGACAUGCGGCUGAAACUGGCACAUUCCAUCGACUAGUCACAGAAUUAUCCUCGUUCAUGUCACACAAAAGUCUUACUGUCUGUCACAAGUGUUCUUACUCAUUAACUAGUUACAGAAACCUGGCUCAUGUCCAUCCAUUUUAUUUCCAAAACAUAACGCUAAUCAUAAGCCUUGCUAGGUUACUAUGGCAACAUGAUUUUCAGACAAGCCUUCUUUAUGUUCACCGUUAAAAACUCUAAACAAAUAAAAAUGGAAUUGUUUCAUGUCAGGUUUUAAAUCUUAUGAAGUGUAUUGACUAAAUUUCAGUGUUCCAUCUUAGUACAGUUAUAAAAUAUAUAUAUUCUCUCUCUCUCUUUCUCUCCCCCCCCCUUUUCCCUCUCUUUCUCCCUCCCCCUCCCCCUCUCCCUCCAAUAUUCUGUGAUGCAUAUUUCAUCUUUAUCCUUAUUAUUUUUAUUUCAUUAGUUUUUAAAGUCAAUCACAGAUUUAAAGCCUUAUUUGAUUUCUAACGAACUCCUUCAUGACCUUUAGAUCUCACAUUGAAACGAGUGGAUUGUUUAUUUAAUUUAACUCCUUUAUAACUAAAUUGCAUUGUGAUAUUGUGUGAAAAUUCAAAUGUUGGUCUAAUUAACAUUCUGUAAUUAAUUUCUUACCAAGCAAAAACAACAAUAACAAGGUUUAGGAAAAUCUUCAAUAUUUUUCAAAUUCUAAACUAAAUUAUUUUAUAAAGGUAUUGAUGAAAAGAUUAAGUAAAGUUCAGAAAUUAAAAAACACUAUAAAUACAUUUCUAGCCUUAAAUUACAAUUACAGAUUAAAAAUCCCGUUGCUCGACCUCGGCUUAUUUGUACGUUUAAUUGAGAGCACGUUUGUAUUAAACAUUCAUUUUGACAAUAGAACCAAUUGAAAUAGUCUUAUAUUAUUUAUUUAAUUAUAUGUUCUUACAUAUUUAUUCUGUUGUAUUUCUGACAUUCUGCUCCUUAAGCCCUGUUAAUUGCUGAGGUGUUGGUUUUAUUUGCUAAAAUGUUUUGGUACUUAAUUUAUUUAAAUGGUUGUUCAGAAGUAAAUUAACCAGAUCUCACUUCAGUUCAUGUAAACAGGUUUCACCUGAGUUUUGUUGAUGGAACUCACUGAUCCUGAACAGUCCUGUUCUAAUAAAUCAUGUCAAGCCGUCAGAAAUGAUCGUCCACAUUAACUAGCUUCUCCUCCUUGGUCCUCAGUUUGUUUCUGUUCAGUGGAAAUGCUGUAUAAGUGUGUUAGAGCAGGUGUGUGUGUUCCCUGCUGUGACGUGUGAUGACGUGUGAUGACGUGUGUUCUGUGCAUGACAUAAUCACUUAGUUAGUAUAUGACAAUGCAUUGGACUGUUCCAAUACACAGGAGUGUUUCAGUCUGAACAUGUUUAAUAACUGCUGUAUUGCUCUGAGUUCUGGAGGUGAGCUGCUACACAAGGCUGUUUUGCUGCUAUAAAUAUUCUAUUUGUGUCUUUGUGGAAUUAUAUUGUAGUAUCUUCUUCUUGCUAAGCCAUAUUAUUAAUGAGAAUCGGCAAAACCUGGUGCUUGAAGGUCACCGUGAAGAAAUUCAUCUUACUCUAAAUAAUUCUCAAUAAUUAUUUUGACUAAUAGAUCAACUUUUGUUAUUAGUAUUAUUAUUAUUAACAUAAAAGCAGGAUAUAAUUUCUACCUCUAAAAUCAUGUUUUGCCACCUCUGAUUUGUUGGUCUUUAUUAUGCUUUUAGUGUCGCGUGUGUGUGAUUCUGUGUCUGUGUGUAUGUGUAUACAUGUGUGUUUAUGUAUGUGUGUGUGUGUGUAUACCAGUAUACUUGUGUGUGUGUGUGUGUGUGUGUGUGUGUGUGUGUGUGUAUACAUGUGUGUGUGUGUUCAGGAGCUUGUGUAGUUUGUCGACAUGCUUUUUAACGUCCAUGUCAUUAUGGAGAAGCUCCGGUACAAUGGACUGAUUUUCCAGCUUGAAUGACCUGUCUGUCACACAAAGCCAGCCUCUUGUUAUGAGUUGUUUUUGUCCACUUUAACAUGAUACAUCAUCUUUCUUUUUUAAAUGUUCUGCCUGAUUUUUUUCUCUAACUGUGGAAUUACAAUCAAUAUCAGAUAAAUUAAACAGAUCAAAUCUA